UCUGUCAGAGAGAAAACUGAGAAGAGAAACGAAGAGAAGGCGAACACACACUCACUCACACACACACACACACACACACUCACACACACUCACACACACGUUUACACGCACAGAGGACUGAUAAACUAAACUCUGCCUCCGAACCAGGGCUUUUCUCCACAUAAGACAAAAGAUGCAGUUCAUGCUGCUUUUCAGCAGGCAAGGCAAGCUUCGCCUGCAGAAAUGGUACAUUCCACUGUCCGACAAGGAGAAGAAGAAGAUUACACGUGAGCUGGUACAGACCGUCCUGGCACGAAAGCCCAAGAUGUGUAGCUUUCUGGAGUGGAGAGACCUCAAGAUUGUUUACAAAAGAUAUGCUAGUUUGUAUUUCUGCUGUGCUAUUGAGGAUCAGGACAACGAGCUGAUCACCCUGGAGAUCAUCCAUCGUUACGUGGAGCUGCUGGAUAAAUACUUCGGCAGUGUGUGUGAGCUGGACAUUAUCUUUAACUUCGAGAAAGCCUACUUCAUCCUAGACGAGUUCCUCUUGGGCGGAGAAGCUCAGGAGACGUCCAAGAAGAACGUCCUGAAGGCCAUCGAACAGGCUGACCUGCUGCAGGAGGAGUUAAGGGUCCUAACACCUCGGCCGAGGCUUCUGGUCUGUUCCAGAGUUAAGGAGCUCAGCCCAGAAAUGAAUACUUUAACGUGCCUGUGUACUGAUUGGCUGUUGGUGGCUGUCCGUCCUGCAUGCUGAGCCCCUCCCUCUUGCUCGAUGUCCCUGCUGGUCCUCUACUUCCACCACCGUCCUAUCAGAACGCAGCAUCUCUGGGUCUCCGGUCUCCUCGUCAUCCUGUGUGUGUGUGUGUGUGUGUGUGUGUGUGUGUGUGUGUGUGUGUGUGUGUGUGUGUGUGUGUGUGUGUGUGUGUGUGUGUGUGUUGUUUAUGCCACAUUCACCAUACCUCCUCUGCCACGUUUAUUUAUUUAUUUUCUCUGCUCCCUUUCUCACUCGCUCACACUCCUGUGUACCUUCAUCUACCUGUACCUGUGUGGAAUCAGUGAGAGCUCCCCCUGGUGGUUUUUUAUUCCCUUUGCAGCAUUACCUGUAUUUAUCCAGCCUGUCGCUGUAUGAUUGUAUGAGUGAAUUAUAAUAAUUUUUUUGUUUGUUUGUUUUUGUUCAUUAAUUUGGUUAAUUUGCUUGUUUAUAUGGUUCAAGAAAGCUGCGUUGUGAUAUUUUUUAUUUUAUUAUUAUCUUUUAUGACAAAUAAUUUCUGUUUUGAUGUCCGCUGUGUUUUUGUGUCUGUUUUUUGCGGCAAACGUGUAGAAUAGGACAAAUAGAGAGGCAUCGAAUCUGGCAACCCGUUUCAUCCAUCCAUUUUUCCAUCUGUUAGAAAGGCAGACCUGAGUACAACUCAAGUGCUCUCUCUCACUCUCACUCUCUCUCUCACACACACACACACACACACACACAUAUGGGGAUGUGGGAGCUCAACGGUUAAGGUGUUGGACUAUGAAUCAGAAAGAGUUUGAAUCCCAGUUCCACCAAGCAGCCACUGCUGGGCCCCUGAGCAAGGCCAACCCUUUUAUUAUAAAAAAAAAAAAGAUAAAAACGUAAGUCACUCUGGAUUAGGGAGUCUAUCAAAUACCAUAACAAUAAACAUACAUAUUUGUGUAUUACACACACUAAACCUCACACUAGAGAUCGACUAGAACCCCUGUACAGUGUAGUAGCGUUAGCCAUGCUAAUCUAACACAUACUGUAGAUCACAGUGUAGCCUACAUUAGGAAAUUAUUUACAUGAUACUCUGUAAUCAGCAGUGAUUUUUAUAUCUAUUUAUAUCAGUCGUCCAAAUCUGUUCUGUUAAAAAAAAUUGAAGUUAAUCAUGGAAGCAGUUGAAGUGGAAAGAAAUUUUUGACCACAGUGAUGAUGAAGCCUCGAAUCUGAUUGGUUAAUUCGUUAAAAACGGUGUUGAUUCCUUUUUCUGUAACAGCAGAUCGAAAAAUUUCAAAAGAAGGUAACAAGUCAAUAACGUGGCAAACUGUUUUGUUUUGUUUUUUAUAAUGAAAUGAAAUGUAUUUUAUCAUCAUUACAGGGUCUAGAGUAGAGAAGACUAAUAAAUAAAACUCUCAAAAGACAAAAUCUAA